AGUCUGCGACCGGGUUUUGUCUGUUGUAGUUGUCAGUUGGGCUCGCGAUUGCAUGUGUACUGUUUGUAGCGCGAGUGCUCGGUUGCUGUAUACUCUGUUUAGUGAUUUCGCCCGGCAUCAGCAUGUUCAGACAGUCAAAUAAUACUAUUGUCAUUGCCAAUUGUGAUUCAUGUUGUGAGUUGGUGCCAGCGACUUGUGGAGAAACCGGCAAGUUUGGAUUAAGAGCAAGUUAGGGACCCUUGGAUUGUUUUUUGUGUGCUAGAAUAUAUUGAGCGGUGAUUUUGACCUUGUUUUGGUUGUGACCGAUGCUGGAGUGCGUUUGCGUUGUAGAGACGGCUGGCAUUGGCUGUGGCUACCAUGGCGUUCAACUUCCCGGCGUCGGUGGCCGCCUGUCUGGCUGCCGCCCAAGGCUUCAAGGUGCCCAGGCAGCUAGCCAUGUAUUGCAUCGCACAAGAUGCUGGAGCACCCUACAUGCUCUACAAGGACAACAUGGACCGGAACGGAGUGGUAGGGGGUCCAGGGGGCGGGGGGAUGGCAAUGGCGGUACAGGGGGGAGGAGGAGUCACUAAUGGAGGCUGGCCCCCGCCGCAUUCGGACUAUCCGGUGCUGGGCGUCGCGAACCCCGCCAGUCCGACUGCUGAUUCGCUGAUGCAGCAAAAUGGCGUCGCGUCACCCGGACAGGCGUCGGUCACGGUCACCGUGCAGACCAAUCAGGAUCAGCAGCAGCAGCAGCAGCAGCAACAGCACAGCAUAUCUCCACCGGUGCAGUCGCCAGCCUACCAGUCAGCCAAUGAUCAGGCUAGUCAGCAGGCUAUCAACGGCACACAGCAAGUAAACGGCGGCGACGACGACUCAGCGUCUGUGGUGGGCCAGCAGCACCCUCAACAAGCGUCCACACCACACAGUCCGGCACUGCAGACACAGUCGGACACGAACGGCGACCAUCAGACGCCGUCCGACCGUCCGGUGACGUCCGUCUGUUUUGCACCUGGGGGCGACAGCCCCUAUUACAGGAGCGCAGCCCCCCCUCCACCGCCACCCCACAUGCUCACCACCAACUCGUUCAUGACCUACCUGAAGCAGCAGCAACAGCAGCAGAGUCAGCAGCAUAACGGUCAGCACAACGGUCAGCAUAAUGGGCAGCAUAAUGGGGUGCAGCAGCAGCCGGGAGUGGUCAUGCUGACUCAGCUCCAGGCCGCUGAUCCGGGCGCUGACUUUGCUGCCAGUAUGCCCGACCUGUUAGCUGCUCAGCAGAAUGCCAAGAUCAACUCCAAGGGCAACGCCCACACCGAGCUGCGACUGUUCAAGUGCGUGACAUGCGGCAAGGACUUCAAGCAGAAGUCGACGUUGCUGCAGCACGAACGCAUCCACACCGACUCACGACCGUAUCCUUGCGCCGAGUGCGGCAAACGCUUCCGCCAGCAGUCGCACCUGACUCAGCAUUUACGCAUCCACGCCAACGAGAAGCCAUUCGCGUGCGUCUACUGCGAACGCACGUUCCGUCAGCGCGCCAUCUUGAAUCAGCACCUGCGCAUCCACUCUGGUGAGAAGCCAUUCGCGUGUGCUCAGUGCGGCAAGCGCUUCCGGCAGAAAGCCAUCCUCAACCAGCACGUCCGAACACAUCAAGAUGUGAGCCCGCACCUAGUUUACAAAAACGGUCAGUUGUGGCCGCAGGAUCUUCCCUUCCCCUCCACCGACAAAGAUGGCAACGUCUACGACCAAAAUGGCGACAACUGCUUCUCGCCCGAUGGUGCCAUUCAGUUUCCCGCCUAUUUCAAGGAUUCCAAAGGCAUGUCGCACGGUGUGUUCGGCCAGGGCAAGGUGUUGCCAGACAUCAUCCAGCACGGCAGGUCGGCAGGCAUGCCGCUCUAUGUGCGCUGUCCCAUCUGCCAGAAGGAGUUCAAGCAGAAGUCCACCCUGCUGCAGCAUGGCUGCAUUCACAUUGAGUCAAGGCCCUACCCGUGUGGCGAGUGUGGCAAGCGGUUCAGGCAGCAGAGCCAUCUCACACAGCAUCUCAGGAUACACACGAACGAGAAACCGUACGCUUGCGUCUACUGUGGCCGUAACUUCCGACAACGCACGAUCCUCAACCAACACGUGCGUAUCCACACGGGCGAGAAGCCCUACAGGUGUGGUCAGUGCGGCAAGGACUUCCGGCAGAAGGCCAUCCUCGACCAGCACACGCGCACUCACCAGAGCGAUCGGCCCUACUGCUGUCCCAUGCCCAACUGCCGGCGUCGGUUCGCCACCGAACAUGAGGUUAAACGCCACAUUGACAACCACAUGAACCCACACGCCAGCAAACGACGAAGCACUGUGGAAGUGAAACACCGACCGCCCUCCCCUCUUUCUCCAAUGCAACAACAGCAGCAGCAGCAGCCGCUUCCCCCACCACCCACCAUCAAACCCGAACUGUACUUCCCACCGCAGUGCUACGUUUCUCCCUCUCCCUCCCCAUUCACUACCCAGCACUCCCCCUCUCCCUUCACUAACCAACACCAGGCCUACUCUGCCUCACCCCACCCUCAAGCCAUCACACCUCCUGCCCCGCCACCACAGCAACAGGACUUCAAACCUCCCACUCAGCUUACUGCCGCUGUUGUGCAAUGAUCUAAUCUUCACAGCUAUGGAUCAAAGCUGGUUGGUGGCAGAAAUAUCUUUGGCCAUCAAUGACUAUUGGUUGAUGACAGUGCUAUACGUGUUUUGGUGACAAAGACUCACUAGAAUAGAUUGAAGUAAUCUCUCUAAAAUUGAAAAAAAUACCAUGUAAGUUUCUGGGCUAUAUUGUUGACUCAUGUUUGUGGGUGGUGUUUACCACUCUGAAGUUUAUUCUUAUCAAUUUCAAUUAUCAGUGAGAUGGACCAUCAACAAGAGUGAUUCGUAACAUAAAUCCUAACACGUUUUUGACAAAGUUGGAUAGUGUCAGUGACAAGUGUGUACCAAUCGUCACAACCAUAUAUCAGUGUUAGUUAAUUGCAGCAGCUCAAUAUCAUGUUUGCUAAUCUUCAAAGCUGUAAAGUUACUUGAUCUACCAUAACCUUCUCAUUAAUGGGUCAAAGUGAGUUGAUAAGUUAAACAUCAUGAUUAUUUCAACAGCUGUAGAUCAAAUAUGUUUGUUAGAAGUGAAUCAACAGUAUUUGUUGUUAAAAUUUAGUUGGUUACAGCGAAGUUUACCAAUCAUAAAACGUUGAAUCGUUGGGCUGGUCAAAGAGUGCUAAUCACUGUUUUACAGUGACAUUAAGUGUGCUAAUCUUCACACCCAUAGAUCAGUGCUGACGAACAAGUGCUUGGAGUGUAUUUGGUGUAGGUUGAGCUCUGUUGGAUAAUUUUUUUAAUAUGUUAGGAAUGUCAAUUUUCAAUAAACAUGGGUCAUAUUUAGAGCCGUAUACUUAACAAUUUGAUCAAGUCGAUUGACAGUAACAAUGUGUGAUUCUUGUUUUAUAAGCGCAUCUCCUGUUCUUGUUAGCUAAAUCCAUUUAGUUUGUUAGCUAUUAUAAAUUGGAAGAAAUACUUGUGAAAAAAUGAAACUUAAGAAAAAGAAAAAUAUAUUAAUAUUUUUGAAAAAAGUAUGAGUAACACUAGAAAAUAGGGUAAAUUGAUUAUUUUGUGAUUUGUAACGUUUACUUAUCGCAAAAUUCCAUUUUUGUACUUAGGUACUGAGAAUUGGUCAAUACUUACUGAGCUCAACUUACUUCAAAAACGUUUUUCAGGGAUAAAGCACAAAGACAAUUAUCAAAUUAAAGGCGGAGGUUUAAUGUUUGGCACAAUCUCAAUUCAUUCUGUCAUUAUUAUGAAUAAUGAAUAUACUCUAAUGCACGAGGUUUGAAUGCCAUAAUUUAGAUCUAUUCAUUGCUAAUAAGUGCAAGUGGAAUGCUUAUAAUAAGCCCAUAAAUAAUAUUUAUGAAAUAGGAUUCAGUUAUUUUUACAUUAUAAAUUAUGGUAGAGUUGAUUUAUCAAGUGAUUGUAUGAUAUUCAGGAUUAAACAGGGUAGCCAAUUUUGAAGGAACUGUCAGUGGGCUUAUAAAGUUUUAAAAUUACCUUUCUAGCUUAGUAAUGACUUGUUUUUAUUUGUUUUAGGAAACAAGACGCUAAAUUGAUAAUUUAGACUUUGAUUUCAUUAACAAAUCACAAAUAAUUUUAUAAAAACACGAAAUGAAUUGAGAUUGUGAACUUUGACAGGUAUGUACAAAGGGGACAAAGAUUUUAGUGCGGAGUGUACAUUAAAUUCAAUUACUUCUAAGUUUUUAUCGAUAACAUAUGAUAUGAGAUUAUGUUUUGUACAAGACCUUAAUGUUAAGAUAGUAAUGUUAAAUCGCUGAAAUAUUAUAAUGUAGCAUGCAUUUGAUUACCAUUUUCUACUAUAUUGAUGCAUAUACCACCCGGAAAUGCAUAUAUAUCUAGUUGCUGGUGAGAAGGACCUCUUAGAAGAUGGAAAAAUUGUUAUAAAUACAAGUAAUUAAUAAUUCAUCAUGAAUCUUUUCUCCUUCAAACGUAUAUUUGAGGGGCCUCCUCUUCUCAGAGUUUUCAUUCAAGAUCUUCAAUUCCAGAAAGAUUCUCAAAUUAAUAAAGUUGAUAACAAUUAUUGAUUAUUCUUCAAGGAUCCAGCACAUGCAUCUUCCUAUACAAGCAGACGUUGUAAAGAAGCGUAUGUUAAAUUCUAAUAAAAGUGUCACAAUAAUUUGAAAAUCUCUUAUGAAAUUUUGCCCACUCUAUUAACAUAAUUUAUCAUUCUUACUGAUAAAUUAUUUAAGAAGGUACCUACACCCUCAAGUUUGGACUGACACUUUUCUUAGAAAAACGCAUAAUAUUGAAAAAUUUGACUGAUUGACCAAUAAGGUAGAAAGAGCUGGCAAUAUUUUCGAAUUUAAUACGAAUAAACUCUUGUCAUUGUGAUAAUAUUAUUCAUGAUUUUUUUUGUAGCCUAAUAUUAUUUUUUUAGAAUUCUCCCUUACUUACUUCAAUUGAUUAUGAGAUAUAAUUUUUAUGUUUAAGAGUAUGUUUUUUAGAUUCUAGAGCGACCCACUUAUUAUUUUUAGUUUUUAGAAAUGAAUUUAGUUUUUUUUAAUGUUGAAUUAAUGGUGAGUGCCUGAGUCUGCUAGCCUCGUGCUGGCGACAUUUGAUACGUAAUUUGCCGCGUGCUGUUAUGGAACAGAAGCAUUUACCAGGUUUAUUUAAGAAUUGCUCGUGACAUCAUCAAACUAUAUACUCCUUAUUGGAAUAAUAUUGUCUGAAAAGAGGCUUGAUUUUAUCCACAUCGAAAUUUCAAUCUAAAUUCGAACUGAUGACAGCUUAUUGAAAAACUGAUAUGCCUGGUAGAACUUCGCAAAAUAUCAUGUUUGUUUGACUUUUCUGUUUUUAAAGCUUCCAAGUUUUCUUCAUCAUAAUAAUUUUCGAGUUUCUUGAUUUGGUUACUAGACUUUAAACAUCAAAUUCCUCUUUCUAAUGUCCUAUCAAGCUCAAACUAAAUCCUUCACCAUCCGUUUCCUGAUUCUUUUUUCAAAUACCGUUCUAAAAAAUUAUCAACAAACUUUAAUUCUAUUUGUGAAAUAAUUACACUUAUGUAAUCAAAAUUUUUUUCUUAAUAGAUCAAUUUUGAAGAAGAUUGGAAAACUAUCCUUCCAGCAUUCAACCCUUACAAGCUUCCUGAAAACUUACAGAUAACAUAUCCCUAUCUAAACAGAUACCUUAUUACCUUAACUGAUGGCAUAAGUCUGAAAUACAUAAUGGCAAAAAACUUGGAAUUUAAGAUGAAAUUUCAUUCAAUAUUCACCAAACCAAUAAAUUAUGAAGAAUUAUUAAUCGAUGCAAUGAAGGCUCUUAAUAUUUUUGUUCUGUAAAUAUAUAGUGAAAUAGAUUGUUUACAACCAUUUUACAAGUAGUAGAUCGCCUUAGUUUUUUGGUGCAUAGAGAUUUUUAAAUAUAUAAUUAUUAAUUUUGUUUUUUUGAAAGAUGAUAAAGCGAAUCUUAAUAAAAUGUAGGAGGAGCGAUCAAUUGUUUCUAGCUUUAAAUAAUAAUUAAUGUAUACUAUUAUAAAUGAUAAGAUAGAAAUAGUAUGUUACUGCAAAUCCUAUGUGAAGAAUUGGAAAUUUUAUUGUGAUCAACAUUUUAUUAUAAUAUAAUGAUAAUAGUAAUAAUUGUAAUUAUUAUUACUCUACCGAGUUUGAAGUACUGUGCAAAUAUGUACUUUACCAUUAAUUAUUAAGUUUUUACUAUGUUAUAAUUCUUCGAAUAUAGAUUUACUAUAAGCCAUAUACAGUCAAUGACAAACUUACAGUACUUGCCAACAUUUUGUAUAAAUAUUAUUCGUGAUUUGUCACUUAGAAACAGAGGAAAAGAGAAGAAUGAAAAGUUAAGAAAAAAGGGGACAAUUAUUAGAGAAAUUUACUGAUAUGAAUUUAUUCAUUCUCUUUAUAAAUUUGUAUUUUCAAAAAGCUGAUCAAUUUGAGGACUGAAAUAUCUGAAUUUUUACUUCUGUUCAUGAAAUAAUGUUCCAUGAAGAAAUCUCUUGAAACAGUCAAUUUCAAUAAGAAAUUACUUUAUUAAAUUCAACCAUACCUUAAUAGGUAUGAUUCCUGACCCACUAUAAACAAUAUUAUGAAGUAACGCUCUCUCUAAUUAUAUAUAUUUUUUCAGACUUCUAAAGUAAAGUUGUCUGAAUAUUAUCUUUCUAAUUGAUCUCGAUCUGAGCAGGGAUUGUAUUUUUAUUCUUUAUUCUUGAAUUUCUACAAUUAUUAUAUCUUCUAUUCUUAAUUUCUUAAUAUGUAUAGUACUCUUCGUUCUUGGAUAUUUCUAAAUUUUUUGAAAUUACAUAUUGGUUAAAUUAUUGUCAUGGAAUGACAUAUUCUCUCUGCAUUUGAAGCUACUAUGUAGCAGGAGUGAAGAAACUUAUUUAGGCCUUCUUGAAUUGACUUUCUAUGCUUACAUGAAUGACAAACGUUAUAAAAAUACAUAUUUCGGAAAAUGUUCACUUUGAAAUCAAAUAAAAAUGCAUGGUCUCCCACCGAAACUUCAUCUUCCUAUUCUAUGAAUAGAAAUCCCACCCGAAAAUGUAAGAAUAGAUUAAUACUCUCACCCAAAGCUCAAUUAAUAUAAAAAUAUAUUAUUGGCAAUAAAAUUUCAUUUCAAUUUGUGGCAAAUUUUGUUGGAAUCUGGCCUAAACCUGUAUCCACAAGGUUCCAUGGAUCUUUAUUCGAUUCUACAGUAUAAUUUUGAUUUUGAACAAGUUAGUUGUCACAUCAAUUUUGAUAGAAUGGUGAGAAUGUUAGACGAAAGAUUUUGAGAUGUUUUGCUUGAAUCUUGGUCUUUUAUUAUAUGAUUUUAAUUUUAAUUUGCUAUUAAAAUGUCGUUUGAUCUGAAGAACUAGAACACUGUGAGUGAAAAGCAUUACGUUCAAUUUCUAUGGCAAUUUUCUGGAAUAAUGCAAACAGAACGAACAUUUCUAACGAAAGAAUCAAAUAAAGUUUAUAAAAGAAAUGAGAUGUUUUCUUUCUAAGGCUAUAUAAUAAAAUCUAUGUGAAAUUGAUAAUAUAUAAAGUACUAUGAAAUGUAUAUCAAAAUGUUGAUGGCUGUAAUUACGACUUGUUUAUUCAAAACUUCAAAUUUGUUCUGAAAUGUUACAGUAUUAGAAAAUUUAUAUAUUUGAAUGGUUUUAUAUAUUACAAAAUUUACUGCAAGUUGUAGCUGAUUAAGUUUUAUUGAUGAAUAAUUCAAUGUUAUUGAUUGAGAAAUUAUUGAUUAUUUUCUGGCAUGGGAAGAGUGCAAGCAUACUAUAUGUGUUAAUUUGUGAAAUUGUUUUUAUAUAUUUCAUCUAUUUUUUAUUCUAUUACUUUAACCUCAAAUGCUUAAAGUUAGAUGACUAUUGCAUACGGCCUUUCAAAUGUUUAUGUUAAUUUCAACUUAUCUAUUUACUUUUCAAAGAAUUUGACCUUUGCUCAAAACAAAUCGAAAGCAAUUGAAGAUUAACUUUUAAAGCAAAGCGAUUAUAUUAUUGUAGAGGUUGUGUUGAUUUUUCUUUAAAUUCAAAUCCAACGUAUUCUAUGCGAAGCAAACUUCCAUUUUGAAUGUCCAAUUUUUUAGAUUACUUUCUUUUUCACGAGGAAUUGAUGAAGAUUGUUGAUGAGAUGAUUGUUUUAUUAAAAGAACAAUUGAUUUUCAUA